CUUUUCGUUCCCGCCCUCGUCUUCUUUCCCUUCCUUCGUUUCUACCAGUACAUUGCCUAGUGCAUAUAUAUCUUCUUGCCAGGUUGCAGGAUCCUCCCUUCCAGCUGUCACUUUUACGCAUUUCAUUCCUUGAAUCAAUCAUGUUCUCUCGUUCGACAUUUAUCACCCUUAUGUUUGUCUUCCUCACUGCUCAAGUCUUUGCUACGCCUCUACCAAUGCCAAUGAGGAUGAUGCGUCGCCAGCUGGCACCUCUUGAUACCAUCCCAGCCUAUGUUAAGCGCCAAAUCAACAAUAUGCCUGUCCAGAAGCCCACAAAGUCCGACGAGGAUGGCAUCAAACUCUACAGGCGGCAGGAUGAGCCCAUCCCCGCUGAGGUAGCCACAAAGUCUGACGGGGAUGGCAUUAAGCUCUACAGGCGGCAGGAUGAAAUCAUCCCUGCUGAGGUAGCCACAAAGUCUGACGGGGAUGGCAUUAAGCUCUACAGGCGGCAGGAUGAAAUCAUCCCCGCUGAGGUGGCCACAAAGUCUGACGGGGACGGCAUCAAGCUCUACAGGCGGCAGGAUGAAAUCAUCCCCGCUGAGGUGGCCACAAAGUCUGACGGGGACGGUAUCAAGCUCUACAGGCGGCAGGAUGAAAUCAUCCCUGCUGAGGUAGCCACAAAGUCUGACGGGGAUGGCAUUAAGCUCUACAGGCGGCAGGAUGAAAUCAUCCCCGCUGAGGUGGCCACAAAGUCUGACGGGGACGGCAUCAAGCUCUACAGGCGGCAGGAUGAAAUCAUCCCUGCUGAGGUAGCCACAAAGUCUGACGGGGAUGGCAUCAAACUCUACAGGCGGCAGGAGGACGUCAUUCCCGCCGCGUAUUAAUCGCUGUGUAGCCAGGGUUGUCGGGAGAGAAAGAGUAUGAUAUUUUUCACAUGCGUGGGUGCCUGGAUCAUGCCCCAGUGGCGUGAGGCAGAUUCCGACUCUCGCUGUGCAGACCCCCGUUGUAUAGUUAGUUGUCGUGCAC